CAAAAAGAAGAAUCGAAGCGCACCUGACGACGAAUGUAAACAAAACGGAUUUUCAUCUAGAUAACGCUUAAUUAAAGAUCUUGCCUCAAGAUGCCAGGACAAAAAUCAAGAGGAGAUGAGCCCUCUAUGUACCUGCAAAGGCCAUCAACGGGUAAAUCCCAAGAUGUGAGGCAUAUAUUAGUGAAGAGUUUCAGAGAGCUCUUCACUAGGGAUGCCAUUGGCCCAGACACUGUGAGAAAUCUGAAGGUCUCCAAAGGGGGCGAUGACCCAUACCAUGAAAGAUAUGUGGAUGCAUUGCAAAAGGUUUUUGACGAGCGUCAGAGAAGGAUGGAGGAAGCAGCCAUGCUAGAGCGGCAUAUUAUGCAGGCCCAGGCCAGAGCUAUGUCAGCUGAUGAGAGGGAACUCAACAGGGUUGCAGAGACCUGUGACUCCUACCCAGAACUGGGAUUGCCACCAGGCCCAAUAAAGGGAGUUCGAUCCCACUUUCGUAGCUGUCUGGACACAAACCUGCUACAGCGUCACCACCUGCUGACCCCUUCUGACUAUGCCACUGAGGAGCCUCCACCCGUACCACCACCUGCAGCUGAGAAGAUUCCCAGCUAUGCGCGUGACACUCUGACGUCACGUCAGCACACGCGCGAUGACCUCUUCCUGCCACCUGGGUCACCGCCUCCCUCGCCAGCAGGAAGUCACUCCGACAUCUGCAGUAUCAUCUCAGAGGAGCCCUUGAUGACUGAGGGACAGAGGGAACUCAUGCAACAGCAGGGCAAAUUCCCAAAGAACGAUGCCUGGAAGCAACAGCUGAAUGAAGACCAGAGGGAGAGAGAAAGAAUAAGUCUGAAAAAUCUGAAUGCGAUGACCAACUAUCAGCGCAAUCCUCGCUACAUUCCCCCAUCAGCCCUGCCCCCUGGCAAGGCCUCUCUGAUCAAAAUGCAGAAGGCAAAGCCCAAAGAGGUGGGAAUUCAGCAGAAGCCAGAAACCUCUCCCGAGCCUAAGGAGCCGUCACAGGUGUUCCUGGUAUCACCCCCGGCUGUAGUAUUCACCAACUACAAGAUUGGACAGGUGUAUGAGCUGACAUUGACCUUGAAAAAUGUGUCAUCCUGUAUCCGCCAAUGUCGUGCUCUGCCUGCAUCUACCACGUACUUCUCCAUAGGCUUAGGCCAGUUUCCGGGUGAACAUGGCCUGGUGGCGCCAGGGAUGAGCUGUCACUAUGCGGUACGUUUCAACCCAGACUCCCUGCGCGACUUCAACGAUGAGAUCAAGAUCCAGACCCAGUCCAGGGAGCCCAUCAUUGUUCCCUUGCUGGGUAGAAGACCGCCACCAAAACUCACUGUUCCGUCUGUUCUGGAUAUCGGAUACUGCCUGGUGGGAGGCUGUCAGGUGACCCAGUUCGUCCUUAAGAAUCACGGUGGACAUGGCCGCUUCUGUAUCAUGCCCAGCUCUGCCUGGCCCACCACAAACUUCAAGUCUGUUGUUCGCAAUGGAAAUGUGCCUAUUCCCCCGUUUGAUGUGCGACCCUCCGUUCUGGACGUUGGUCCUGAUCAGACUGCCCUCAUGGAGAUUGUGUUCCAACCUCCAUCUGUGAAGAGUUACUCAGUGGAUUUCUGCUUGGUGUGUGAUAACUGCAACGUGAAACAUUUCACUGUGAAAGGCACAGCUGAGAGAGCGAAUGUGGAACUGGUGUCAAUAGAGCGAGGUCUGCACGAGCCUACCCCUGGUGAACUAGUGGACGCCACGGCCGAGCAUCACAUCAAGUUUGACCAGCUCAAUCCCUUCACAUACACUGACCGCACUGCAGUGGUCAAGAACAUAACGAAUGUGAACCUGCCAUUCCAAUGGAUGAUCUACAAGCCUCAGUUUGAUUCGCCGGGGGCCAACUCGGCCUCUCGCAGAUAUGACCGGGUACCAGACGUGGACUCUGUGUUCAGUGUUCACCCGCCCACAGGGGUCCUCCCUCCCAUGGAACAGAUGGAGUUCAAAAUAACAUAUGCCCCACCUGUGGUGGAAAAGUUCCACAGUGUGUUGCAUCUGUUGCUCAACAUGGUUCCCAGCUCCUACGACCAGGGACCCAAGGGAAGCAGCUCUGCCAAUUCAGGGGAGACAAGAGGAGAUGGUGGCAGGGAGGAGAAAGAAGAGAACAUUUCUGAAAUCUUCAUGCCACAUGGCGAUAUGCCUCCAUUCAUGGACGUGACCGCCCUAGAGAUAGAAGUGAAAGGCGAGAGCUCCCCACUCAGUGUGGUGUUGCACCCCUACUCCAUGCAUGUGCCGGGCAAAAACCUGGUUGGGACCACCCUCAAGAAAAUGGUCACUAUGGCAAACCACAGUCACUCAACCAUCACGUUCCAAUGGGAGCCCUUUACAGAGAGCUAUAUACUGGAGGUGGAGCCUCCAUUUGGAGAGCUGGACCCUGGGAUGGCAAUGGACAUGGAGCUGUCAAUCACAGGCUCCGCCCCCGGCAAGAUAGACCACACCCUCUACUGUCAUGUGAUGAACCUGGAAGACCCUCUCCAUAUGCAAGUGCAGGCAGAGUUCAAGGGCCCAGAAGUGUCCAUUGACCAACCUGACCUUAACUUUGGCCUCGUCCGGCUUGGCCAGGCGGUGAAGAAGGAGAUUACAAUCAACAACAUGUCUCAGAUUGUCACCGCUUGGUCCAUCAGGGACAGUCCGACCAUACCUGUUGAUGGUGACAUUGACGAUCCAAUGGCAAUCAGUGAAUUAUCAUUUGACCCCUGUGAAGGUCAACUCAAGCCCCUAGAGGUCAAGACAGUGACUGUGACCUUCACCCCUGUUAGUGCAAGGUCGGUGCACCGUAUCAUAGAGGUCAAUGUGGAGGAUGGUCAAGACUGCAACAUUGGCUGCUUUGCUGAGGUGCAGACUGUGCAGGCCUGCCUGAUGCAGAGUGAGAUACAGAUGACACAGGUGUUCAAGCAGGUGCCAUUCAAGGCACAGGCCUAUCUCUUCAAUCAGACCCUCCUGCCGUCAGCCUUCCAGUGGGGAAAUGUUACUGGGGAUGAUGCCAAGGACUGCAGUGUGGAACUGGAGCCAAGGAUGGGCCCACUGGAGGGCAGGGCACGGAAAACAAUCAUCAUCAAUUUCACACCCUUCAGAGAGGGAGAAUUCAGCGACUUGCGGAUUCCUUGCAAGAUUGAAGGCAUGGACAGUCCCUUAGUGCUUGGUCUAUACUGCAAUGCCAAGGGUCUUGAAAUCAAAUAUGCGAUUGAUGCUAAUAGACACUUUGAUAAUGAAAUAGUAGCCAGGGUGGAUUUUGGAUCGGAUGUUCAGCUGAAUUCAAGUCCAACGACGUACCUGUAUGUGCAGAACCUUUCUGAAAUCAGCACACACUACACAAUCAGCUUUGAGAGCUUCUUCUCCAAGCCUCCUACACCACCUGAGCAGAGGCAGGAUGAUCAAUCUCGUGCUAUCAGCACAAGGCGAAUGAUGCUUGGUAGAACCCCAAACCUGGCUGAUCCAUUAAGCAAAACAGUUACCAAGGCACAGGCUGAUUUAAGUUCCGCAAUGCUCUGCCAAGGUAAUGGGGCUGCUUUCGUAUCAGUGCCCAACUCAGGUCGACUGCCACCAUUUGGUGAAGUAAUGACAGAGAUCACAGCAUAUGCAGACAUGUGGGGCCAAUACAAUGAUACAAUGAUCUUAAAGGUUGGUGACCUUGAGGAGGUAAGGAUUCCUGUUACCAUGGAGGUGAAAGGUUGCCCACUGACCUUCCAGAUGACCUCAGGGAUCCCUGACCUUAAGCCUGUGGUCAGGUUUGGGACCCACGUUGCUGGCACAGCCUCCACUAACCGCUCUAUGCGAGUCAAGAACAGCAGUCCCUAUGAUGUUCGUGUGGAUUGGCAAGUGUUCAACCUAGAGGCUGGGGACCAAAAGUUGAUGGACUUAGUCGUCUGCUAUGGAAACGCAUUCCCUCUGAGAGAUGAGGCAGGCAAAGAAAUAGUUCCACCUGCAGAAGCCUCUAAAUCAAAGAAAAUUGCCUCUAAACCAAAGAAAAUUGUUCGUAUUAGGAGGAAACCUAGAAUAUAUGGUAAAUUUGUUCCUCUACCUGUUAUCCGAGAGCCUACAGAUUACAUUCCGGACUCAGCCGAUACAUCACAGUUCACAUCAAGGGAGAAUACUGCAGCCCAGAUUGAGAGGGAGGAAGUUACUGCCCCUAGAGAGCCUCUGGAGAAGAGGAGGCCAAAAGUUGUCUCCCUUUUCUGCAGAAUGCACGAGGGUCAGGCAGCAGAGGCUCCCUACAGCAUCAGGCCCUCACAAAUGGUGAUCAAGGCAAAAAGUCAUGCGACGGUAUCAGUUUGCUUCACUCCGCACCCAACACAAGCUGUCAGCCAUGACAUCGAGUGCAACGGGUACAUCCUGGGCUUUAUGAGCCUUGAUGACCCUGAUGUGAGGGGUGAGGAGGGCAAGGUUAAUAGGUCACAGGCGUUUGAAGCCCAGCAGCUUAGGCUGGAUAUGACAGCCCAUUUGAAACCAGCUCUUUUGACUAUUGAGUGUGGUGAAGAGGAAGGGAUGAGGUACAGGUCGGCCAUGUCAUCCUUGCUGAGCAACGGUCAGUUUAUUGCUGAGAGUCUGCAGACAAACAGUGUCAUGUUGUCCAACCUGACUUUGACCCCACUGACCUUCAGGCUGGUAACCAAGCAACCGUUCUGGUUGGUGGAACUCGACCCCUCAAGCAACAAGGAGGGCAAGACGCGGACACAUUCCACUGAUAUGCACACACUCAAGCCACGACACAACCUCAUAGUGAAGGUGGCUUUCCAAACCACCUCGAGUCUACUGGGUGAGAUUGCAGACGAAUACCUGUCUGGAAAGGAGGCUACAGAGGCUGGACGUAAGAUGGACAUUCUGGACAAUCUUGUGGUGGAGUUCAACAAUGGCGCAGAACAACUGGUUCCCCUUCAUGCCACACUGACAGUUCCCCAGUUUGAGCUGACCAAGGACUGCAUAGACUUUGGCACAUGUCUCGUUGGUCAGACACGAGAGCUGCAGCUAAUGAUUACCAAUCAGACGCUGUCACACUCACAGUGGUCUGUAACCCUUGAAUCCUCCUCAGCGAACUGCACGUCUAGGGGAGACACCCUGACUGUGAACACAUUCCGCGUGGAGCCGAUGUCCGGUCUACUGGAGGCCAACAUCUCCCAUAUCUCCAACAGCAAGGCUCUACUCAAGGUCUACUUCACUGCCAAACAUGCUGAGACAUAUGAGGCGGUGUUUGCCUUCCAUGGAAUCCUGGGAGAAUCACCGCGACGACUGAGGGUCAAAGCUCAGGGGUCAUACGAUGCAAAACACGAGGCAGUGCUCAAUGUGUGAACAGCGCUGAUAAAUACUUUAGCGUCACAAAAAAAACUUUGCAGGACUGAAAAUCUAAUUAUUUUUGUGUUUGUUUUUUAACUGUCAUUUCACAAAAUUUCAUAUGUAUUUUAUUGGAUUGAUUUAGGUUUUUAUAUAAAUGUAAUCUAUGUUUCAUAUAAUUGUGAUGAGAACAAAAACUGUGAUGGCAUAUUUUUGUUGUUGUUUUUUUAUAAAAUGCUGCUAUGAAAUAUAUGAAUUCUCCAUGUCUGUGCUCUUAUAGGAAAUUUUAGACUAUUAAAUGAAAGCACUUUUUUAUGGAGAAUUUAAGUCUUUAGUUGAGAUGUUUAAACAAAAUUAUGAGUGCUGAAAAAAACGAGUAUCUAUAUAAGUGACAAAUUUAACUCAAAAAGUAAUUAAUUUCUUUUGAAUAGAAGUGAAAUUUUAUUAUUAAAUAACAUGACUGUAGGUUUAAAGUUUUAUAUCUUUGGUUGGUACCAUACUUUAACUUAUUAACUGUAUUGUUAAAGCUGUAAUACAGGUAUAUGAAACACUAUUUGUAUCAAUAACUG